UCUUAUUCUAAUUCUUUUUCAGUCUUCUUUUAGUGUUAUUUCUUCUGUCCUACUUAUUCAAUGGCUACUGUUCAGAUUUCCGCUGUGUUGGUUAUGUUCUUCCUUCAUCUGUUCUCAGGUGCUCGUUCGUCGACGUUCACGGUUGUAAACAAAUGCAGCUAUACAGUUUGGCCAGGGGUGUUGUCAAGUGCUGGUAUCCCACCACUUUCAACCACUGGUUUCAUUCUUCAAUCAGGGCAAUCAACAUCCAUCGAUGUUCCAACGUCUUGUUCAGGUCGGUUAUGGGGUCGAAAUCUUUGCACCGAAAACUCUUCCGGAAAAUUCUCUUGCCUCACCGGAGACUGCGGCUCAUCUACACUAGAAUGCUCCGGAGCUGGUGCCAUCCCUCCUGCAACCCUUGCAGAGUUCACAUUGAAUGGUGCCGGGGGAUUGGAUUUCUAUGAUGUUAGCCUUGUUGAUGGAUACAAUCUACCGAUGAUGGUUGUCCCACAUGGUGGAACGGGAUGUAACUGCAGCUCAGCUGGAUGUGCUGUGGAUUUGAAUGGCGACUGUCCUCUAGAGCUCAAGGUGGUCGAUGGGAGUGAAGGUGUGGCAUGUAAUAGUGCAUGCAAUGCUUUCAACCAACCACAAUAUUGCUGCAGUGGAGCUUAUUCUACUCCGAAUACGUGCAAGCCAAGUUCCUACUCGAAAUAUUUCAAGACCGCGUGUCCUACAGCUUAUAGCUUCGCCUACGAUGACGGAACCAGCACCUUCACUUGUGCCGGUGCCGAUUAUGUUAUCACUUUCUGCCCUGCCCCUUCCACCAGGUUGUUUUGAAUCGAUUAUUAGACCUAAGUUGCAGGAAAAAGACGGUGAUUAGUUGGCUAACGUUAAUGCUUUGUUAGUGUUCGCCAACGGAGAUGACUUACAUUCGUCUCUAUUUGUUCAUACGGAUGUGCAAUUUUUUAUUAUUACCUUUUUAUUCAUGUUGCUAU